AUGGUCAAUGAGUUAAGAACAAAUUAUCAAUUGGAUCAGUCUGAAUUGGCACGUCAAAAUCAAAUAACACAACAAAUACUUGCAAACUAUUUGGAACGUAAAUUAUUUGGUGGUAGUAGAGCUGGAAAUCAAAAAAUACCAACGAUCGAUGAAAUUCUACCAAAACCAACACAAAGACCGAAACCACGAGGUUUUGCCUCUUCAAGUUUACAAAAUUUGAAACGAGGCACAAAUGCAAACCGAAAUCGUUUCGGUGCAUAUAAUAAAAAUCAAAAAUAUCGCUUCCGUGGUAGUGCACUACAAAAAAAGAAAGAAGAAGAACCUAUUGAAGAAGAACCAGAAGAGCAACCAAGAGAUCAACCAGAAGAUGACAUUGAAGAGAAUAUAAAUAGUAAAAUUCCUAAUGAUGAAAUUGAAAAUGAAGCUGAAUCAUUACAGAGCGUAGAAUCAGAACAAUAUGAUCGUUAUUAUAGUGACAUAUUUAGUCGUGAUCCGCAUGAGAAUGAAAUCGACAGCGGUAAGUUCAAUAAUUCAAAUUAA